CCGGGCAAGAAGAUGGCGGAAGUUGUUAAAUCGCCGAACGAUUCCCGGGAAUACAGGGUCAUUGAACUUGAAAACGGCCUUACGGCACUACUGAUAUCAGAUAUUAAAAGUGCAAGUGAGAAAUGUACACAAGAUGACGCCGACGAUGAGGAUGAUGAUGAUGACUCUGACCUAAGUGAUGAAUCCUGUGAUAGUGAAGACGAGGAUUAUAUGGAGGAUAGUGAUGAGGAUGAGGAGGGAGUGGAUGGAGGAGAAAGUGAUGAAGAAGGUGGAAAUCCAAGGAAGUCUGCUGCCUCAAAAUCAGUAAAAAUGGCAGCAGCCGCUCUGUGUAUUGGUGUAGGUAGCUUCUCUGAUCCGACAGAUAUUCCUGGAUUAGCUCAUUUCUUGGAACACAUGGUGUUCAUGGGAAGUAAGAAGUAUCCAGAUGAGAAUUCAUUUGAUGAUUUUAUAAAGAAACAUGGCGGUAAUGACAAUGCAUCAACCGACUGUGAAAGAACUGUCUUCCACUUUGAAAUUCCUACAAAACACUUCCAUGAAGGCUUAGAUCGGUUUGCUCAGUUCUUUAUUUCUCCUCUGAUGAAGCCUGACAGCAGUGAUAGGGAGAUUGAAGCAGUGGACAGUGAGUUCCAGAUGAGCCUAACAUCUGAGUUAUCCAGGAAACAACAGUUACUUGGCACCUUUGCCAAAGAUGACCACCCAAUGGGAAAAUUUAUGUGGGGUAAUACAAAGAGCUUGAAAACCACACCACUAGAACGUGAAAUAGACGUACAAGAGAGGUUGCAUGAGUUUCAUGCCCGAAUGUAUUCAUCUCAAUACAUGACAUUAGCCGUACAGUCAAAAGAAAGUCUGGACACUUUAGAAGAAUGGGUUAGAGAUAUAUUUUCAGGAAUACCCAACAAUGGACUACCUAAGCCGGUGUUUGUGGAUGCUGUGAAGCCUUUUGUCACUCCCAAAUUUCAUAAACUAUACAAAGUGGUACCUGUGAAGAAUAUCCACCAAUUAGAGCUGACAUGGGCACUACCAUCCCUGCUACAACAAUACAGAGUAAAACCACUUCAUUAUUUAUCUUGGUUGAUUGGUCAUGAAGGGACUGGUAGCAUUCUGUCAUUGUUGAAACAAAAAUGUUUAGCAUUACAGUUGUAUUGUGGAAACGAUGAGACGGGAUUUGAACACAAUACCACCCACGCUGUGUUUAGUAUUACAGUGCAGUUAACAGAUGAAGGUUACAAUAAUGUCAGUGAAGUUUUAUCAAUAAUAUUUCAAUACAUUGCAAUGUUACAAAAAGUGGGACCUCAAGAAAGGAUUUACAGCGAAAUAAAAAAAAUUGAAGACAAUGAUUUUCGGUUUCAAGAACAGAUGGAUGCUGUGGACUAUGUAGAGAGCAUUGUAGAGAAUAUGCAACUGUACCCCAAAGAAGACUAUCUGACUGGAGAUAAAUUGAUGUUUGAAUACAAUGCUGAGGUAAUCAGUGAAGUGACCGACAUGCUGACAGCAGACACUGUCAAUAUCUUGUUGUUAUCAAAGAAACAUGAUGGUCACUGUGAUGAAAUAGAGCCGUGGUAUCAAACAGCGUUUACUAGCGAAAAUAUUGCUGAAGACUGGAAACACACAUGGCAUAAUCAAGAAAUUGAUGCAAGAUUGCACUUACCAUCUCCUAAUAAGUUUAUAGCUACGGAUUUCACGUUGAAAGAUGCCGACAUUGAUGACACGGUUUAUCCAACUAAGAUAACGGACACACCUCAUGGUAGACUGUGGUAUAAACGGGAUACAAAGUUCAAAGUGCCUAAAGGUUACAUUUACUUCCACCUAAUCACACCUCUCGUAAAUGUGUCUCCAAGGACGCUGGUUUUGUUUGAUUUCUUCGUGACGAUUUUAGAACACAAUUUAUCUGAAAUGAUGUAUGCUGCCGAUGUUGCACAACUGACGUAUCAUUUCCGGACAGAGGAAUCUGGUCUAAUUAUGAAAAUGUUGGGACUUAAUGAAAAAUUACCGGUGUCGAGGGAGGGCAUCACAGGGAAUGAUGUAAGGUUGUCUGUUCUCCAACAUGUGAAAUGGAUACCGGUCGAUAAACAAGCUGUUGUUGCAACGGUAACUAAGGAUGAAGUGUUAUCAUUUGUGAAGAAAUUCAAGAAGAAUCUUUACAUUGAGGGUUUAGUUCAGGGUAAUUUUACCUCAAAGGAAGCACUGAGCUUUUUUGAGGUUCUCCGGACAAAGCUGUGUUGUUCAACAAUUCCAAGUACAGAGCUACCAGAGACGCGCAUUAUGCAGUUACCAAAGAAUGUACAUUGUUGCAAAGUACGUAAUUUCAACAGAGACGACGGUAACUCAGUGAUAACUAAUUAUUACCAAGUCGGUCCUGGAAAUAUCAAACUUUCUACUUUGAUUGAACUCCUAGUGAUGAGGAUGGAAGAACCAGCAUUUGAUUUCUUAAGAACCAAAGAGCAGCUUGGGUACGUUGUGUACGUAAUGUGUAGAGUUACAUUUGGUAUUCUUGGCUUCUCGGUGACCGUCAACACGCAGGCCACUAAGUUCAGUGUGACGCACGUUGACAACAGGAUUGACUCAUUCUUGGAACAGUUCGCUGAAAUACUAGAUAAGAUGACAGAAGCUGAAUUUGAAACUUGUGUGAACUCACUUAUUAACUUGAAACAACGAGAGGACUUGCAUCUCGGAGAAGAAGUUCUACGCAAUUGGUACGAGAUUACGACAGGCACAUAUGUGUUUGAUAGGCUGGAAAAGGAGAUUUCAGAGUUGAAACAAACGAACAAACAAGAGUUGGUAUUAUUAUUUCGUAACAGCAUUACAGGUGGGACAGAUCUCCGCAAACUCAGCACACAGAUUGUCGGCUCAGGUGAAUAUGAACACCACAACAAACCGGUUGCUAAGAUGGCCGAGGCAGACAUCAUAGCUGGCAGUAAAAAGCAGAAAGAAGAAUUAAACAAGAUAACGAAGUCAAAGCAGCCCGACACAGGAUUAGAAAUGCAUGUUCCUGCUGUGACAGAGAUUUUGGUCAAUGGUGAAGUAGCAUUUCCCGAGGAGGACAAAGAUAUUUAUUCAUUGAAUUUCUUACCAGCUGAUGAGAACUACUCAUCUCCAAUGAUUACUGACAUUUCAAAGUUUAAAAAAGAUUUAUUAGUCUUCCCAGUGACUAAAUUAGACCAUUGAUGGUUGUUAUGGUUACUAUAGGUUUCCUUUAUCAAGGAAAGGCUAUUGUAUUUUAUUACCCAUAACUCCCUGAUUAACCUCAUUUGCAUAGAUCAGAUCAUGUAUUUUAUUACCCAUAACUCUCUGAUUAACCUCAUUUGCAUACAUCAGAUCAUGUAUUUUAUUACCCAUAACUCCCUGAUUAACCUCAUUUGCAUAGAUCAGAUCAUGUAUUUUAAUACCCGAAAUUCCCUGAUUAGCCUAAUUUGCAUAGCUAUAGCGACAUGGGCUGAACAUCCAACUGAUUCCUAGGAGUCGAAACAAUGAUUUGACAUAAUUUGAUACGAUUUGAUCAGUCAUGUACUUUCAAAAACACAGAUCUUAAAGGGCGAUAAACAUUGUGCUGUGUUAUGAUUGAUACGGGUUGCAUGUGAUGCAUACAGUGUUAAUAAAAUGCAUAUUUAUUGACCCGAGCUUCAAACACUGUACAUGACUAUGAUGUUUCUAGUAUAACAUCAAAAUUGAUCCAUAAAGUAUAGGUAUGCAACUUAAAUAUCCGUGUACAGUUGAAGAUUAAGAUCCCAUUUCACACAAGAUCCAGCCAUGUGUGUGUCAAUUAACAAUAUUUCUAACCACAGUCCCUCAGUCCUUGUGUUGUGUUCUAACCAAUGGCUUUACUGAAAUGAGCAAGAUCAUUGCUGUAUUCAAUAUUGCAAAUAAGCUUCGUAUAAACUAAACAGUUCGUACAUAGACUAAUUUCUUUGUAUUUAGUAUUCCUACAAUCAUGCUUACUGUGAAAUUAUUACAAAAUCGUGAUGUAUGAUUGUAAUUUUGCGUAGAAAUCUUUCAUCAAUAAUAGUAUUGGA